AUGGGUAUAUGUGCCAUAGAUGAGUUUGACAAGAUGGACGAGUCAGAUUGUACAGCAAUACAUGAAAUGAUGGAGCAGCAAACCGUUAGUAUUGCUAAGGCUGGGAUCACCGCAUCAUUGAAUGCUGGAACUGCUGCCUUAGCUGCUGCUAAUCCAGCUUGGUUUGAUCUUCUGUGGUUGAUCCUUGAUCGUGCAGAUAUAAAUAAUGAUCUUGAAAUGGCUAGGCAAGUUGUUUAUGUCCACCAAAAUAGAGAAUCUCCUGCUCUUGGGUUCACUCCUCUUGACCCAUCCAUUCGUUGUGCAUAUAUAUCCGCUACAAGAAGAGUGUCUCCUUGUGUUCCAAGGGAACUCGAAGAGUAUAUUGCUAGUGCUCAUUCCUCCAUUCGACAGGAAGAAGCUAAGACAAAUGCCCCCCAUUGCCACACCACAGUGAGAACUUUGCUAAGCAUUCUGUGCAUAUCAGCUAGUGAUGCGGAUGAAGCACUCAGGUUAAUGCAGAUGUUGAAGUUCUCUUUGUACUCGGAUGAUUGGCAGCGAGCUGGUCCUGAUGCUAUAUCUGACAUCUAUUCCAUCCUACAGGAUGAAGCUGCUUGGACAAACAGGAUGAGUGUGAUCUAUUCUGAUGCACUCAACUGGAAUUCUAGAAAGGGUUAUAGUGAAGCCCAGCUGAAAGAAUGCUUGGAGGAAAAUGCUUCCCUAAAUGUUUGGCAGAUACAUCCCCAGACCUUUGAUAUCAGAUUCAUUGACGCUUGGUGUGUGCUCAUUCCGGCUAUCAACUAUUUAUCUCUUAGCUGCUCUUAUAAUGCCACUGAAGCCCCCGUGACUUUUAACAGUUGUCUGAAGGUUUAG